AUGGUACAUCGAAUUGCAAUGUCAUUUAACCUUGAUCACAAAUCCAGUGGAGAGGGUACCAACCGGGUGUUAAAGCUGACAAAAAUCAGCGCAACAAUUGAUGCACUGAGGCGGCAGCAAGACGCGGCUGAAAUCGGGGUUCGGCUUAAGACCAUCGAUGGGUAUCAAGGGGCACAACAACUCGAGCACGACCACCUUUCUGGAAGCGAUAUUCUCUCGCUUGCCGAAAGACUCAAACUACACAAAAGCACAAUGACUGCUGAAAUCAAGGUUGCUGCAAAUGAGCUAGCCACAACGAGGAGGCCUUUUCGAGUUCGUCAGGGAGGACUCGCCGCAGCGCCUCGGCUUAGCCGACCAAUCAACCUCGCACAAAUAAAUCAGUUUCGUAUGUCACUACCAGCGUAUCGAUACGGCCCGCAGAUUAUUCGAGCGGUUCAGGAAAAUUCUGUAAUUGUUGUUUGCGGCGACACUGGUUGCGGUAAAACCACACAAAUUCCGCAGCUGCUCUACGACGCUGGGAUUUUCGACAAGCACCAUGACGUCAUCUGUACGCAGCCUCGUCGAAUCAGCGCACUCUCUGUUGCUCAGCGUGUUGCGAUGGAACGAGGUGAGGCCUGUGGAAACAGCUGUGGGUACGUUAUUCGUUUUGAGAACAUGACAAGUGCGAAUUCGAGAAUUAUUUAUCAAACUACAGGUAUUCUGUUGCGCCGCCUCCACUCUGAACCGGAGCUGCAAGGUGUGGCAUGUGUCGUCGUCGAUGAGGUGCACGAGCGCGAUGUCGAAACAGACUUUUGUCUGCUCUUAUUGCGCGAUAGACUGCGUGCACAGAAGGAGCAUCCAGACAGAUACCCAGUCCAGCUCAAGGUUGUAGUGAUGUCGGCAACAGUGCAGAUUGACGCGCUUGUGUCGUACUUUUCCGGCUACAAUAGCGAUCGCGAUAUCCCGCUCAUUACAAUCCCUGGCUCACUGUUUCCAGUGAGGGAGUUUUUCUUGGAGGAUGUCUUGCACCAAGUGGGCGCCGCGGCGUCCGCUGCACCGGCGAUGAGGCUGGUUUCGAACUUGAAGCGAGGGACGCAGCGGGGUGCCGAAACGUCAGUGGUAGAGGGUAAUGCGGGGUUCUACGAGCAGCUAAAGGCGGCGGUGUUCGACAGCUUUGACCGGGAUGUGGAGGGACUGGUUCCCUACGAUCUUGUGUGUGAUUUAAUCAAGAAGAUUCAUGACGAGUCUCAUUCUCGCGCAGAGAGCAUUUUGGUGUUCUUGCCAGGGUGGGGAGCAAUUUCCUCCAUUGCCAGUCGACUCAGGCGCUCACAUUUUGCUAGAGAGCUCUCUAUCUUGCUGCUACACUCUACUCUUACGACCGCGGAGCAGCAGCGCGUUUUUGAGCGGCCACCAAAACACUACCGCAAAGUUGUGCUCGCCACUAGCAUCGCUGAGACAAGUAUUACUAUUGACGACAUCGUCUACGUUAUUGAUAGCGGUCUUGUGAAGGGGUCAUCAUACGACCCUAUGGGGAACACCAGCGCUCUCAAGGCGACUCUGAUCGGCAAGGCAAACGGGGUGCAACGACGGGGCCGCGCUGGGCGCUGCCAGCCUGGAGUGUGCUACCAUUUGCUUCCCAAGGCGGUGUACGAUGACUUGCCUGAUUUCCUUCCCCCCGAAAUCGUUCGGUCUCCUCUCGAGGAGGUGUGCUUGCAGCUGAAGGCCAUAGAGUCGAGCCAGAACUGUGCGGAGGUACUAACGCGGGCGAUGAGUGCGCCGUCCACGGAGGCGAUAGAGCAUGCAGUGCAUUUUUUGACGGACAUGGGUGCGUUUACUGCCGAGGAGAAGAUGACUAACCUGGGCAGGGCUCUGGCAGAGCUCCCAACGCACCCACUGUUGGGCAAGAUGCUCUUCACAGCUGCUUGCUUUGGCGUCCUAGACACCAUCGCAACGAUUGCGGCCGGCCUUUCGGUAAAGACCCCGUUCAUUCGCCCUCAGGCCUUUGAGAAGAACGCCGCAAGGGAGAACCUGCUUCGCAUCGACAACAACGUUCUGUCGGAUCACUUUUGUGUGGUAACCCUUUUCACAGGCUGGAUUCGCAGUGGCCGGAGUUCGCAGUACGCGGCUUCACACUUUGCUGACAACAGCACGCUGCGUUCGCUGGAGCGGACGAAGCAGCAGUUCAUCAGAUUGGUGCUUCACUCGUCCUUUGCAAAAGGGAUUGCUUCUCCGGAGACUUACUUGUCGCGGUACGCAAGCAACAAGGGGCUUGUUAGGCUUGUUCUCCUCUGGUCUCUGUACCCGCGCAUCGCCACCAUUGAAUACCGCGCCAACCGGGACAAGCAGAACCCUCAGGUGUUCUGCUGGGACAACAAGGCCGCGGUUUUCUCCACGAAUUCGGUGCUGGCGUUCUACAAACGUAAAGACUUUUGUGCGAAUUCCUUUAUAGCAUACUACGAUCGCAUGAACCUUGAGGCGAUGCUGAGCAUUUUUGACGCAACAGCGGUGUCCCCCAUCGACGUUGCGCUGUGUCUGCGCCAGCUCACAGUGCGGCCACUGCUUGAGGUGCCGGCGCUCUUCUUGCAGGACACUGAGAGCAAACUGGCCCCAGCGGUAUACCUAAAUGUGGACAGCUUGCAAGACAAAGAGAGCUACGCGGCGAUGUUUUUUGAUGGCGACAAGAAGUUGUACGUGGCACCGAAGGAGGUGGUCAGCGUCCUUCAAACCGCGCGAGAGUGCUUGGAUUUCUUCCUCGCCACGUGCAUCAAAAGUGUACGCGCCAAUAAGUUCCCAGAUUCAUUGGUGCAUAUUUUGGCGCAGAUCGUGGGAUACUCCAUCACUGGCUUCGAUGCCCCUGUCACCACCGUGGCGGGGGCAGCUCACAUUGAUCCUAGUAUCCAACAAAUGCAGCUGACCAGUGAGCAUCUACCCGCGUUCGCCCGUCGGCAAGGGCAUGAUGACAUGGACUCGGAUGACUCUGACGAUGAGGCGCCGUUCAUCCGAGAUGACGAUGACGACACCUACCUAGAGAACUUGACCGCAGACCAAAAGGCAUCAGUGACGGCCGCCUACGGUGACUUGGCGGUGUUCCGCUGCGACGGUGUUGCAAUACUCUUGCACGCGGCCAAGAAGGCGGAGGGCUUAUCAGCCGUACCUGAGGAGAAAGCGGAGGGAAAGGAGGUGAAUGCCGCUGGCGGCGAUGAGGAAGACGAGGAGGACGGAGACGAGGUCAUCGCUGUUAACCUGAAUCUGGCUGAGAUGUCAGUUCUGUAA